GCAGCCUUGGGUCUUUUCCAAGGUUUUUGUUUUAGCCAUGGCUAAACCUCCGUCCUUCGGCUGCUGUUUCUUCCUCUUAUUCUUCUCCUUCUUAUCUUCUUCCUUUGUCUCAUUUGCCCUAACCGAUACAGAAGCUGCCUUCAUUGUUCAGCGACAGCUCUUAACCUUACCAGACAACGGCGAACUUCCUGAUGAUAUCGAAUACGAGGUUGAUCUCAAGGCUACAUUUGCCAACACCAGGCUUAAGAGAGCUUACAUAGCUCUUCAGGCCUGGAAAAAGGCCAUAUUUUCAGACCCGUUUAACACCACAGGAAACUGGCAUGGCCCGCACGUGUGCAGCUACACCGGUGUGGUUUGUGCGCCGGCUCUUGAUGAUUCUGAUGUCACAGUUGUAGCUGGUGUUGACCUCAACGGUGCGGAUAUCGCAGGGCAUUUGCCUGCUGAGCUUGGUUUGAUGACGGAUGUUGCUAUGUUCCAUUUGAAUUCAAACCGGUUUUGCGGGAUCAUACCUAAAAGCUUUGAGAAGCUGAAGCUAAUGCACGAAUUCGAUGUUAGUAACAACCGUUUCGUUGGACCUUUCCCUAACGUCGUCCUUUCUUGGCCUGAUGUCAAAUACUUCGACCUUAGGUUCAACAAUUUCGAAGGUCAAGUCCCUCCUGAGCUUUUCAAGAAAGAACUUGACGCCAUUUUCUUGAACGACAACAGAUUCACCUCGGUGAUUCCUGAAUCUCUAGGGGAAUCUCCAGCCUCGGUUGUGACUUUUGCUAACAAUAAAUUCACCGGAUGUAUCCCUAAGAGUAUCGGAAACAUGAAGAAUCUCAACGAGAUUGUCUUUAUGGACAAUGAUUUGGGAGGUUGUUUCCCAUCUGAAAUCGGGAAAUUAUCGAAUGUAACAGUUUUCGAUGCAAGCAAGAACUCGUUCAUAGGUCGUCUCCCGACUAGUUUUGUCGGGUUAACAAGUGUGGAGGAAUUUGAUAUCUCCGGGAACAAACUCACCGGACUUGUACCGGAUAACAUUUGCAACUUGCCUAAUUUGGUGAACUUCACUUACUCUUACAAUUACUUCAAUGGACAAGGUGGUUCAUGUGUUCCAGGUGGUGGUCGCAAGGAGAUUGCAUUGGACGACACACGUAAUUGCUUGCCUGCUCGACCUGACCAACGAUCCUCCCAAGAAUGUGCGGUUGUGAUUAACCGCCCGGUUGAUUGUAGCAAGGACAAGUGCGCUGGUGGCUCUUCUACUCCAUCGAAACCAUCACCGGUUCACAAACCAUCGCCAAUUCCAACUACGCCGGUUCCCAAACCAACGCCAGUUCCUACUACGCCGGUUCACAAACCAUCCCCAGUUCCAACUACGCCGGUUCACAAACCAACGCCAGUUCCAACUACGCCGGUUCACAAACCAUCCCCAGUUCCAACUACGCCGGUUCACAAACCAACGCCAGUUCCAACUACGCCGGUUCCCAAACCAACGCCAGUUCCUACUAAGCCGGUUCACAAACCAUCGCCAGUUCCAACUACGCCGGUUCACAAACCAUCGCCAGUUCCAACUACGCCCGUUGACAAACCAUCGCCAGUUCCAACUACGCCAGUUCCAUCUCGGCCGGUUCAAAAACCACAACCACCAAAAGAGUCACCUCAACCGGAUGAUCCUUAUGAUCAAUCUCCAGUGACGAACAGGCGCAGCCCUCCUCCACCUCAUCAAUUCCAACCUCCGGUGGUUUCUUCUCCUCCUCCGGCCCCGGUAAACUCUCCACCACCACCAGUUUACUCCCCACCACCUCCUCCUCCACCUGUUCACUCUCCGCCACCACCGGUUCACUCUCCACCACCACCUGUUCACUCUCCGCCACCGCCAGUCCGCUCUCCUCCACCACCACCGGUGUAUUCGCCACCGCCACCGCCUGUCUUUUCGCCACCGCCACCACCUCCAGUCUACUCUCCACCGCCCCCACCUCCAGUAAAUUCCCCACCGCCACCUGUUCACUCACCGCCGCCCCCAGUCCAUUCGCCACCACCCCCUCCGGUUCACUCACCGCCGCCACCGGUUCAUUCCCCACCGCCACCAGCACCUGUUCAUUCACCGCCGCCACCAGUACACUCGCCACCACCACCGGUCUUUUCUCCUCCAGCUCACCCGCCGAAGGCCAGUUCACCACCAGAAACACCACUCAAACCAUCACCAUCGCCAACGAUCUUUUCUCCACCGCCGCCGCAAUUUCCACCAGUAGUCUACUCUCCUCCGCCAAGACCGCCCAAGAUCAACUCCCCACCGGCUCAAGCACCAGCUCCAAGUGAUGAUGAAUUCAUCAUACCGCCGUUCAUCGGCCACCAAUACGCAUCGCCACCACCACCAAUGUUCUCAGGCUACUAAACUCAAUCAAGGAGAGAAGAAUUCUAUAUAUGAGUAGCAGCUGUAUCGUCUUGGACUUAUUGUAGUAAAACUAUGAAAAGAAA